AGGCCACCUAGGGUGCUCCCUGAAACCGCAGUCGCGAAACUGUUCGCCUUGGCCAGAAGCGAAAGGGAAACUGUCUGAGAACGUUUCCUAACUGCGUGUUGAAGCGCGUUUGUUCAAGUGAGUUGAAGAUGCAUGUGUGCAGAGAAAGACAGACACACACACAGGCAGAUCUCUCAGGCACCUGUGUCUGUCUGUGUGGUGAUGACAUGAUUGUGUCAGCAGGUAGGUGAAGAUCAGCCAUCAUGCCAUCUGGGCGCAACCGGCACCCGCUCCUGGACACCGCUCUGCACAUCGUCAAGGCAAGCAACAGACAGGACAAGACAAUCAAUCGACACACACACACUCAGUUGACAGAAGACAAGAUCACAUCGCAAAACAGCCGGCAAAGUGCGUGUGUGUGUUUGAUGCACACGACUGACAUGCGGUGGGAUGCAUGCAUCACUCAAUGAAUCAAUCCAUCAGGGCGCACUUGUGGUGGCGCUGCGCAUCCCGACGGCCAGGUCCACCAAGAGUGUCGACUUCAAGGCAAGCAAGAUGUGAUCUACUGCUGCACUUUGAGUGUCACUUACAAUGCGUGUCGUGUGUCACGACGACAGAAGGGCCUUCCAUUGCGUGGCGCCAUCACCGUUGGGCCCGUGACGAGCGAACCAAACGAAGAGGACAAGUACUGACGAGUAUCCAUUGGUGUCUGUGUGUCUGUGUGUGUAUAUAUGUGUGUGUGUGUGUGGCUUUGCAGGCGGCGCAUUCAAGAGCUCGUCAACGACAAGGUACCUCUGCGUGUGUGUGGGCUGAGUGAUUGUGCGCCUAUGUCUGUCGAUGCAUUGUCCAUUCUCUCUCUGUAUGUGUAUGUGUGUGUGUGUGUGUAGGUGGCGGCCAAUGUGCCCAUCCGUGUCUUCGCCGUGGCUCGGCAGCUCGCCGAGACCACUUACGGCGAGGUGAACCACACACAUGGACACACACACACACACACACAGAUGUAUGGGACGGACAGACACUCAUUGCGUGUGCGUGCAUUGUACCCACCAGGCCAUGUACGACGACUUCGGAGUUCCCAAGAGCGUCACCGAGUCAGCACACACACACACACACACAGACCCACCCACACACAUACACACAUACACACACAUACACAGCUAUGCCCUCUCUCUCUCUCUUUGUGUGUGUGUGUGUGUGUCAGGCUGCGUCUGGUGUUCAUCGAGAAGUGGAACAUCAACGCCAACAUUUUCCCGGUGGCGCAAUCGACCGGCGCGUGUGGGCGGAUUGACAUCACCAAGUGGAAACACAACAGCAACAAAAACAGCGUAUGUGUCACAUCACAGCAGACAGUGUAUCGGUGCAUCUGAAUCUCUCUCUCUCUCUCUGUGUGUGUGUGUGUGUGUUUGUGUGUGUGUGCAGCUUGAGGUGUCCUUCGACCUGACGCCCACCGAGGCAUACACUGACGAGCAGAAGUAAGCGCAGAUCCAUCCAUCCACUCGAUCUCUGCACGGUGCCAUUCGUGUGUCAAUGUGUGCAGCGUGCCGCUCGCGACGGAGGAGGCGCUCGCGAACGACCAGGUUCCUGCGAGAGAGAUGGUACACACACACAGCCACCCACACAGACACAGACACACACACACACACAGAGGUCUGUCCAUCCAUGUGUGUGUGUGUGUGUGUGCAGGUGCUUCCCCCUGCUGAUGUGGCCGGCACACAUGGCACUGACGAGGCCACUGGUACACUCACACACACCCAAAGCCACCCACCCACCCACCCACCCACCCACGGUGGCAUGCAUGUCCUGUGUGCUGUUUGCCUUGUUUCGCAGAGACCAACGGCAAUCCGCAGAACAGCCAGCAGCACCAGCAGCAGCACGACCCAGAGGGCAAUCCCACUGGCGGCGGCCAGAGGGUACUCUCCUUUUACUCACACACAAUGACAUCCAUCCAGACAUCCAUCCAUCCAUAUCUCUGUGUGUGUGUGUGUGUGUGCGCAGGUGACUCCCUGGGAGGUGGAGGCCGACGAGGAGACCGGCAUCGACUAUGACAAACUCAUGUAGACACACCCCCAUCCCUCAAUCCACCCAUCCACAACCAUAUCGCUUUCUCUCUCUCUGUCUGUGUCUGUGUCUGUCCGUCUGUCUGUCUGUGCAGCAUUCAGUUCGGCUGCUCCAAGAUCACCGAAGACCACAUCUCACGGCACGCACACACGACACCCACACAGAGCACACCCAGAACACACCCAUGUGUGCACAUAUGUGUGUGCAGGAUAGAGCGGCUCACCAAGCAGAGGGCGCACCGGUUCCUGCGGCGAGGGCUGUUCUUCUCCCACCGUGACUUGGACAUGCUGCUCAAUGCAUACGAGCAGGGGGAGCCCUUCUACUUAUACACAGGUGCCCACACACACACAGGAUGAGAUGGAGAGAGAGAGAGAUGGAGAGAGAGAGAUUGAUGGGUCUGUCUGCAGGGAGGGGACCGUCGAGCGAGGCGCUGCACCUGGGCCAUCUGGUGCCCUUCUGGUUCACAAAGUGGCUGCAGGUACCUCCCCACCCCUGGACACACACAGACAGACAGACAGACACACAGACAGCAGAUGCUCAUAUGGUGUGUGGAUGCCUGCCUCUGUAUACGUCUGUGUGGGUGCAGGACGCCUUCAACGUGCCUCUGGUGAUCCAGCUGACCGACGAUGAGAAGUUCCUGUUCAAGGAAAACCUCACCGUAGAGGUCAGCAAGCCCCCCCUCCCUCCCCCCACUCCACACACACGCACUCUCAGACAUUUGGAUGGGGUGUGUGUGUGUGUGUGUGUAGGAGUGCAAGCGCCUUGCGUACGAGAACGCCAAGGACAUUUUGGCGAUCGGUUUUGACAAGGACAAGACCUUCAUCUUCUCUGAUCUGGACUAUAUCCAGGUACACACACACACGCACACACAGAGAGAGAGAGAGAGAGAUCCCCCUACCCCUUUCCAUCCAUCCAUCCAUCCAUCCAUGUGUGUGUGUGUGUGUGCAGACAAUGUACCCCCUGGUGCUGCAGAUUCAGAAGAAGGUCACCUACAAUCAGUCGCGUGGCAUCUUCGGCUUCACCGAAAGCGACAACAUCGGCAAGAGCGCAUUCCCCGCUGUACAGGUGAGCUACUCAGCCACAUCUGUGCACCUCUACACACCGCAUGUGUGUGUGUGUGAAGGCUGCUCCCGCAUUUCCUGCCUGCUUCCCAGCGAUGUUUGGCAAUCGAAAAGACAUCAUGUGCCUCAUCCCACAGGUCAGUCAGCGCACUCCCACACGGCCCCAGAAAUGUGUGUGUGGAAAUGUGUGUGUGCGUGUGUGUAGGCGAUAGAUCAGGACCCCUACUUCAGGAUGACGCGCGACGUGGCCCCUCGGCUGGGCUUCAACAAGCCCGCCCUCAUUCACAGCCGAUUCGUCCCCGCACUCCAGGGCAACCAGACCAAGAUGGCCGGCUCGCAGGCACACACCAUGCACACACCCAACCACACCACACACAUGGAUGCCUCUGUAUGUGUGUAUGUCUCUGUGGCCGGCGUGUGUCGUGCAGGUGGCGAGUUCCAUCUUCGUGACGGACACGCCGAAGGAGAUCAAGACCAAGAUCAACAAAUACGCCUUCUCGGGCGGCAGGGCGACCGUUGAGGAGCACAGAGAACUCGGUGCGCAAACACCCCCAACACCCGCGCACACACACAUGGAUGAAUGGAUGGAUGGACCCGUGUGUGUGGUGUAGGUGCCGAUCUGUCGGUGGAUGUCUCGUACCAGUAUCUGACCUAUCUGAUGGAGGACGACCAGGAGCUCAAGAGAAUCGGCGACGACUACGCCGCGGGGCGGCUGCUGACGGUAUGAGUGUGUUGCUCGACGCAACACACACAUCCCCACGAGCAUCUGUCUCUGUCUCUCUGUCUGCCUACGUGUGUGUGUCGGCAGGGUGAGGUCAAGCAGAAGCUGGUGGACGUGCUGCAGCCCAUCAUCAAGGCUCAUCAGGUGCGCACACACGCAGAGAGAGAAAUACACAUCAACCGACCUAUCCACCCACCGGCCGGCGUGUGUGUGUGAUGUGUGUAGGACGCGCGUGCGAAGAUCACUGACGAGGACGUCCGGUCCUUCAUGGACCCCACUCGCUUCGAGGGCAAGAAGCUCAUCUAGAGCUGAUGAAGUGGUGUGCGUGCCUUCUUUCUUUCCAUGAUGCGCCCGCCCCAUGUGUGUGCCAGAGUGGCGAUCAUUGCAUGCCCUGCUGUGCAGACAGACAGACAGACACACACACAGACAUUUGAGAGAUCGAUGUGUAUGUGGUGUCUUGAGAAUUAAGCACUUUCUUCUGUUUUUAGAAACACAAAACCUCUGCAUCGCAACGAGACGGACCAAGACAGACGUGUCAAAUGGCUGUCGACAGUGGCUUAUGAGUUAUGAAUGUGGUGUUCCUUUCGAACGCAAUGAGAAAUAUCCGCCCACAAUCU